CUAGAGUCGUGAGCCAGUGUGAAGCACUUGGCCACUACCAUGUGUGGCAUGUGGCAGUUGUAAACGAAUCGUGCGAACGUAAAGAUGUGCGACGCGCUUACUGUGUGAAUAAAUUACAUGAAAUCAUUGAAAAAGAAAACGAACACGGUGAAAUGUUUUGCCAGGCAAACAAAGUGCUGUGCAAGUAACGAGUGCGAGAGUUAGAAAUUGAAGUUUCGUCAUAAAAGUAAAGCAAAGCGUUUAUCAGUGAAAAGUUGAAAUUUAUUUGAAAUAUGAAUGCAAUUGAUUGUGGCACUUAGUGUGGGAAAAUCAGAAAAUCAUAAAACCAAUACAGCAAGCAAACUGAUAAGAGUUACGAAGUGAAGUGUAGCAAUAAUAAAUAGUCUCAAUAUACAGCGAGCUCCUCUGUGGCUGAUAAGUAGCGGUCAAAGUGCGUGUGGCGUUAUUACAAUCAACAACAGCAACAACACAUUAGUGGCUGCAUGCAAUCAUAUUUAUUUAAAGCAAAUCUCUAAUUGUGCAAGCGAGUGCGUGCGGUUCAGCGUGAGUUCAUUGCAGUCGAUAGCGGUGCGUCGCGUCAUUAUUAUGCCACAGCUGGAGUUUGACGAAUUGACCGCAACGAUAAUUGCACAAUUUAAGUAACUAUUUGUUGUUGUAAGUGACGCUUUAGAGUGCUGAUAAGCAUUUUUACGAGCUGUAGUGGCAAGUUGUUGCAAAAGUAUUGCACAUAGCGGUUGCAAGUUGCUAAACAAGAGUGUUGCAAGACAGUGUUGAGUGCAAAGAAUACUUUUCGCGUACGAAUGAAAGCUUGCGUUUUUUAAACGUUCAAAAUCGUGAAAAUAACUGUAAAUAACGGUACUUUGAAGUAAAAUCAAAUUUUAUGAAAAAUAAAAUAGAACUGCGAUAGAUUAAACCCACCGCUCGAUUAGACUGAUGUAAAAUAACGAGCUUUCUACUAGAUAAAAUCAGCAACUAAAACGAAAAAUUAGCCGGUUAACGGUACUUUAGAACUGUUUAAUGCCCAAAAGUAAACUGUAAGGCUUGCAAUUCUAUUAUUGUUUUUGUUUUAAUGCGAAUAUAAAAUACGGCAACGAGUGCAAAUAUUAUUUAAUUUAAUUAUUUGUUGAUUUUUUGAAAAAAUUUACAACAACAAUACAGCGAAAAAUUAUUUUAAUAUAAACAUUUUUUAAAAAUUCAAAAAAGCUGAUAACAUCAAGUGUGUGUGAAAAAAAAAAUAUUUUUAUAAAAAGCCAGCAACAAUUGUUUAUAUUCAUUUAUAUAUGAUUUUUGUGCUUGCUUUCGCAUUAAAUUGGUUUUAAUUCGAAUCGUUUUUCUAUUGUGCGCUAAAAUUUUUCAUAUCACAAGAAAACAAUAACCACAUAUAAAGAAAGAAAAAAAUUGAAAUUAAAAAAAAAAAAAUAAUACUUAAUCAAGGCACAAAUUUCCAUUAUUGUUGUUGGUAAGACGGCAUAAAUCGAUGCAAUAAUACUGAAAUCUUGAAAAAUACCACAUGCAAUACAACAAAAACAGCAAAAAGCGAUAAGCUCAUAAUACAUAAGUAGUGAAUAACUCAAAAAUUAAAAAAUUAAAAAAUCCAUCAAGCAAAGUUAUUGAAAUGUCAAAGAAGGUGAGCUGCUAGUCAAUCACGGCAAAAAAUCACAACAACAAAAAAAAAACACAAAUAGAUACACAUUUACUUAGCUCCCUUGACUACCGCUCACAAAAGCAAACAAAUACAAGAAAAAGCAACAAAAAAGCACACACACCAACAACAACAAAUAUACAACUACAAACAUACAUACACCUGUCAAUGUCUCGCGCAUCAACCUAAAAAGGAUUGUUUAAUUACAAGGCACGCACAGUUGAAUGCCUAAAGAAAAAAAAAAACAAAAAUCAACUACAACAACAACAAAAAACAAAUUAUAAAUUCGUAAAUAAUUAAAAACGGCCGUUGAGUAAAUGUGUCAAAAGGUGUAAAGCAAAUACCCCUCAAACUAGUGAGUCACAAAGCUAAAAUAAUAACCACAACAAAAACAAUAGCUAUAAAAGCCGCACAACAACUUCGCAACUAACUUCAAGUAUUGGCAAGGCAGUCGGUGGCAAAUCAAUUUUGCAAAUUAAAAGGUAUGUGAUACAACGUUGAUGGCUCUCUAAUUACAAACUUCCUCAAAAAAUCGAAUAAAAAGCGAAGUAUGUCAUGCAACACAAGAGUUUUGAUAAAAUUAAGAACCUACUUCUCAUAAAACUCUCCGAUCGGUAAACAUCUGAAAUUUCUUGGAAUUCUUUUUUCUAUUCUAAGUCACUGAUUGGACUUCAAAGCUGCGCAUAAUGUGAUGUGGCAUGCAACAUUUAAGUUUAUGUUAGCUAAAUGAAGUACUUCCAACAUCAUCGAGUCUUAAUCGACAUAAACUAAUUACAAAUUUGGCAUGUGCUCAACCUUCAACGUUCUCAACAAAUAUCUCAAGCUUGCGCAUCCAGCAUGCGCCUGAACUAAGCAGAGCCAAAUAAAAGAAACAAAAAACAUAUACAUAUAUACAAAAGCACAAAUGUGCCCACUGUACAUGACAGGCAUACCCUAUCAAAGCAAAGCAACAACAAAUAAAAUGGGCACACAAACAGUUUGCACAAGUCCAGUGAGAUGGACAAAAGCGAAGGCUACACAAAACAACAAAAGAACUACAACAAAUACGCUGAGCAACGCACAAAACCACCGAAAUCAGAGGCAAAACAGAGCAACAACAACAACUAGUUGGAGAACAAUAACAACAAUAAUGUUGCUCUGCACACUCACACUGCUGAGUUUUGUGACGCAAACGCAAGCCUUCUGCCCCUCAAAAUGUCAGUGCCUCAACGUGGAUGCGAACAGUCAUGCCUACUGUGUGGACGCCGCACUCGAAGAUGUGCCCAUCCAGCUGAAUCCGGAAACGAAAUACAUCAAUUUGACGCGCAAUCGUAUACGUAGUCUCGAAUUUACGCUGCCAUUUUAUAUGAAACUCGAAGUGAUCGAUUUGUCGCAGAAUCUGAUCGAUAAGUUGGGUUCAAAAAAUUUCGAAUAUCAAAAUGAUAUGCGCACACUGAAUUUGAGUCGCAAUUCGGUGAGCGCGCUGCAAAAGGACGCCUUUAAAGGGCUGAGUAAUUUGCUGGUGCUCGAUUUGAGUUAUAAUCGCAUUGAAGUGGCCGACGCCAGCGCCAUGAGUGAUCUCACGUCGUUGAUUAAACUCGAUUUGACCAAUAAUAAUAUUGUGAGUUUGGAGGAUAAUUGCUUUCACAAUAUGAUAUCGUUGGAGAUAUUGAUAUUCAAGAAUAAUCAGCUGUUGGAUGUGCCAUCGAAUAAUUUGCAGCAUUUGCAUGCGCUCAAAUCGCUGGAUUUAUCCGACAAUCUGGUGGAAUAUGUGCGUAAUGAUAGUUUCGAGGGGCUGCGUGAGUUGGUCAUGCUGACGCUGCGUGGCAAUGUGAUAUCCGAGUUGGAUUUGAGCGCUUUCGAGGGUCUGACGGCGUUGAAGCAUCUCAAUUUGGCUGAUAACAAUUUGACGAUGGUGCCUACACAACAGCUCUCAAAGUUAUCGAAUCUAACCUAUUUAUCGUUGAGCGGUAAUCGUUUUACACAACUGCCAGCGGUGGCUUUCAUGAACCUAUUUCACUUGCGUGAAUUGCAUUUGAAUCGUUUGGAUCAUCUCAAUCGCAUUGAUUCGAGAGCCUUCAUUGACAAUACGCAUCUACAGGCGCUCCACCUCAGCAACAAUCUGCAACUCUACGACAUACCGAUGCGUUUAUUCCAAGGCAAUCCGAAUGUACUGGAAAUCUACAUGCAAGGCAACAGCUUGCAGACACUCUACUCCGCACAAUUCCCUGUCGAUCAGCUGGAACGUCUCUAUCUCGGCGAUAACCCGUUGCAAUGUAAUUGCUCGCUACUCUGGCUGUGGCGUCUGGUCACCGGCAAUUUUGAUGGCGAGUCCAACAACGCAGGCGGUGGUGUGCAUGUCACACACCCGCAAGGCGAAGCGGCCGUAGCCGCGCUGGGUACAGCCGAUGCCGAUGCAGCGUCCACCGCCGCGGAAGCUUAUGUGGCACAACAGAAACCAACGCGGGUUAGUAGCAGCAGCAGCAGUAGCUCCACUAGCGGUUACCUACAACUCGAUAUCGAGCGCAUUGGCUGCGACAUCUGGCAGGAUAAUGUGCGCACGCGUCGCCAUCUAGUCGCCAUGUCGGAGGGUGAUAUCACCUGCCCCGCGCAUAUCGUGACCAUUGUGUGUGCGAUCUUCACACUGCUUCUGGUCUUCGCCAUCGGCGCGAGCAUCGUGUUUUAUCUGCGCUUCGUGAAGCGUCGCCGAAAGCUACUCCACGAUCGUUCACUCACUCGUUCGGGCAAAUCAAUUGUGAACGUACACGAUCGCAUAUUGCAACACCAACCGCUGAGCUCCGGAGGCGUUCUGGGUAUGAGCGUUGGCGGUCUCACCUAUCCACAUCACACGCUACAACAACAGGGUGGCACACAUCACGCCAUGUUGCCGCUGCAUUCGCACGAGUAUCAGCAAACGCUGCCGGCGCAAGUGGACAAGCUGGAAUUGGAACGAUAUUUGGCGGCGCAAGCGAUCGCCAAUGAGUAUCGUGCCUUGAAACCGUGGGAGUUGCCGCCAGUGAAGGAUGCGAAUGCCUACAGUGAUGAGCCGGAGCAUCUGUAUGAGAAAUUCGAUCACUACGACUAUCCGGACAUGCAGACGUUGAGCAAAUCGAAGCAGGCCACACUGAUGUCCAACAAUGACGGCUGCAACACCAACCACAGCGGUAAUGGUGUGGUGCUGAUGGGUAAGGGUGGCGCUGGUGGCACGGCGGCCAAGCCGCAUGUGGUCUACGUAUGACUCCCGGGUGGACAGGUCGGUGUCGGCGGCGCAGCAACGGGCAGUGCAAGCGAAGAGUGCGAAGGCGUAGAGGCCGAAGGCGAGCUGCGCUAUUGCCUCAACAACAACUAUAGUAGUUAUAUGAAAUUAGUUUAGAACGUGGAAGGUGUUGAAGAAGCGGGCCGACUGAAAGAGAAGGAGACUAGCGACGUAGGGCAAAAUUGGUGGCGUUGCAAAGAAGAGCGAAGAAAUGAAAUGGAGUUGCAAGUAAUUCGAAGAAAUUAAAAUCAAAUGCAAAAACCGUUAGCGCGAUACUUGUGUUUAAUAGAAAACAAAAACAAAAACAAUAAAUGUAUAAACAAAACUAAAAUCGUACGAAAGCAGCGAUAAAUCGAAACAAGGGUAUAUUUGUUAGCAACUAAGUUACAAACACAAUACAUAUAUACAUACACCAAUAAUAACAACAACACCGCAAACGUUAGGCAUUAUUAAUCGUAAUAUUUCGAACAAUUUCGAAAUAUUUUUCGAACAUCUAAUUUCCUGUUAAACUUAAGCGUUUAAGUAUACAUAUAUAAAUAUAUAGUAUAUAUUUGCAUAAGCGUAGCAAGAAAACAAUAUUAAAUGAAACAAGGGAUACGUAUAGUGUUAUAUAAUAGCUAAAUUACAAUAAGUGAAACACGAAAAAACACAACUACGAUUACAACAAAAAUACAAAAAUCGCUCGCGUACUGUGCAACAACAUAAUAGAGUUAUUAAAAUAAUAUUACAGAAAUGUUAACAUUAAUUGAUAUCCAUAAAAUAUACGGAGGUAUUGUAAAUGACACAGAGACAGCUUAAGUGCAUCAUUUGGGAACAGAAAUAAUAAAAUAAAAUUAAUAUUUAUUAUUUUGUUGAUCCAAUUUUGUAAUAUUGUAAAUCCCAACUGAAGUUUACGCCUACAUGUAGGCCACAGUUUCUUUCCAUUUACUUUUGGUGCAUAUUAUUCGACCUAAUUGGCGCCUAAAAUUUUACUAACGUCCCGAAUAUUCAUAUAAGAUAUAUAUUCACACUCUGGCAACUCCUAAUUUUAUAUUUGGUCCGGCUUUUAUAUAUAUAAUAUAGUCAAACUACCAGAAAAAUAUCACUUUUAAACCCCAUUGUGGCAAUACCGCAGAAUCCAGAAGCAUGCGGUUCUGCGCCUAAUUUAAUUUGAUGAUACUAUUAUACUUUAUACUAAUUGACGUCUGAGCGUCUUAAAUACGAGAAUGUAAAAAUUUCGUGCAGAAAAUGCUUCAAAAUUGUAUUAAUUUUCAUAUUGCCCCUAUGGGUAAGCAAUAAUUUUAAGCAAUUACUAUGAUUCCAUGCCAGCAGCAUUUUACUUAAAAACGCUUCUAACAAUGAGAUGGCGUAUGACUCACUCCGUCAGAUUUUCUUUCACCUAAAUAUAGGAUAGAGUUUACGAACCAAGAUAUAAAGAAAAAAUAACUGAAUGGUAGAUACAAAUUUUAGUAACAAAAUCUCAAUUAUAUGCAUCUAUUAGGCGCUCUAAAACUUUUUUCAAUAUUUUAUCAUCAUUAUUUAUGGAUAAAAAGUAUAUUUAAGUGCCUAAUUUGCUAACAGUAGAAAUC